AUGCUUAGUAGUCUUGGAAAUUCUAUACAAAUUCAAUACGGAAAUCCAACUUAUGCUUGUGGUGAAGUGUUUUGUGAUUCUACUAUGUUCAUUCAACAAAAUGGUGUAGUAGUGUCACAGAAUAUUUUAUCAACAGGCAUUUUGACAACCCCAUGUUUAAUUCAAGAUGGCUAUUAUCAGAAUAUACCCAAUAUAAAGCAAUAUAAUAACCUAAAAAGUAAAGAGAGAGAAUUAACUAAGAGGGCAUAUACAGUAGGCUUUUUAGCCUGGUGUUUGUCAAUGUAUGGAUGUGAAGUUAAAGCUGAGAAGAGCAGGAAAAGGUCUACCAAGAUCAUUCCUUUUAAUAUUGAACGUGUUACAUAUCAAGGAGAAGUUAUAUUUAACCUUGAAAUGUUUAAGGCUCGUAUAGGUGCAAAUAUAAAAAACCAAACACUCAUUAAUGCAAUGAAUCUUGAAUUAAUUUCAUUGUUAGAACAAUUUGGAUGUAAGAUUAACUACAAUACAAGAAAACAUUGCACUUAUCCAUUAAUAACAAUAACAUCAUAUUCAGUACAAGGCAUUACUUACUAUGACUGGGAAAUAAAUGGAAAAAUGUAUUAUGAAGCGAUAAAACAGCAAAUCUAA